AUGGAGGCUGCUAGGAUCAAGCCCGCCGUCAAUCAGAUCGAAGUCCACCCGUACCUGAACCAGGAGAAACUGUUCGAAUACUGCAAGUCCAUAGGCGUAGCGGUGACGGCAUAUUCUCCGCUCGGCUCCCCCGACAGACCAUGGGCGAAGCCGGGUGACCCCUACCUGCUGGAGGACCAGAAGCUGAAGAGCAUUGCUGAAAAACACAAGAAGACCAUAGCGCAGGUUCUCAUUAGAUACGCGAUUGAUCGCGGCAUGAUCGUGAUCCCGAAGUCCGUGACGCGUUCCCGCAUCGAGCAGAACUUCCAGGUGUUCGACUUCAAGCUCGCGCCCGAAGACCUAAAGCUCAUCGCGGAGCUCGAGUGCAACGGCAGGGUGUGCUCCAUGGGCGACGUCCACCAUCCAGACUACCCAUUCCACGACGAGUUCUAG